UUCCUACGCCACACCACUGGAGAAAGUUCAGAGAAGCCCGUUAUUAUUCGUUUUGAUUCGGCAGAAAGGAUUUUGGGAGUUAGCCGACCGAGGACAAUGCUCGUAGUCAUCGAGUGUCACUCGCCACCGCAGCCUAUCGCCAGUUCCGCGGGUGGCGAAGUGUUUUCCCCGACAUCCCAUGAUCUAAAGUUGGGGCUGUUAUCGCGUCAGCGGCCUUUCAGAAAUUUAAAUCACCAACACUGGUAUCCAACGCCUCCUCACACAUUCAGACAAAACCUCCACCAGCCCCCACAAUCCCCAAAAGUGUCUUGUACAGUACUCAGAGACCAAUCCCUAAAUUGGGCAGAGGAUCCGUUGGUUCGUCGCCAUUAAUUAUGGUCAACGUCUUAGUUCUGGGGGGUAAUCUGCAUCUUCCCGAUGUCUUCUCACCGACUAACUUAUUUCACUCCUAGGCCACGGUAAAAUUGCCCAAGUAAUCUCCAGAAUCUUAGGACAGAAAGGGCACCAAGUCACCUCCGUCAUCCGCGACCCAUCCCAGUCAGCCGUGGUUGGAUCUCUCCACAAAAACGUUACCCCGCUCGUCUCCUCCCUAGAAGAAUCCACCCCAUCCAGCAUUCAAAAAGAAAUGGAGAAUAUUAAUUGGGUCGUCUGGUCCGCCGGUGCCGGAGGUAAGGGCGGCCCCCAAAGGACCAAAGCCGUUGACGAGAUUGCUGCGAAGAAGUACAUCGACGCAGCGGCGGAGGCUCCGUCCGUCGAUACAUUUUUAAUGGUGUCGGCCUCGGUCGCAAGACGGGCGCCAGCAAGUUGGUGGGGUGAGAGGGAUGUCGAAACUUACAAGGAUAUCUUGGCUACUAUUGGGGAGUAUUGUGAGGCUAAGACCGUCGCCGAUGAGCAUUUGUACGAGGUUGGAAGGAAUCUGGUGAUUAGAGAUAUUUGUCUCAGGCCUGGGAGGUUGAGUGAUAACUCGGCGACUGGGUUGGUAUGUCUAGGGAAGUGUAAAACUGCUGGAGAGGUUACAAGGGAGGAUGUGGCCGACGUAGCUGUCAGACUCUUAGAGAGUGAUGUCGUUGGGGGAUUGUGGAUUGAUAUGAUCGGCGGAGAUAAGAAGGUUGAGCAGGAGGUAUGAUAGAAAGAGUGGUUCGGGAUAAGGUCACUACGAAGGAAUGAUGGGCUCCUAGUGGUACGCUCGAGUACUGUACCGGUAGCCUUCGCUCCUGUUUCUCAGAUCGGAAAUAUCAGGGUAGACUGUCGAAAUUGGCGGUCUUUUAAAAGCUUG